UCGGAUGCUGACACUGCAGUCACCUGUGAAGGGAUGAACUGAGACGAGAAAUAGUGAAACUUCAGCAACGUUAUUCGUCUACAACCACCGUACUGAAAGCGGGUUGCACCCUACCCGAAAAUAAGUAAACAUAGAAAUCAAAAUGCCUUCCCCAAAAGCUAAAACUAGCGGUGGACGCAGUGGCAGUUCCCCUGGUAUCGGUGGCAACGGGCGUUAUGAGUUUAUGUCCCUUAAUCGACGUCCACCACAGCAUUUGUUGCAGCGACAAGGUUCCGACCCAACAUCAGCUCGACUACGUGCAUCCGAGAGCCCGACUCGUCGUCGAGGCUCCGGUUCGUCUAAUGCAUCUACCUCGUCUACCGGCGGACAGCUGCCGGAAGAAGACUGUAUGCGACUGAACCCAUCGAUCGUCGGCAUAGCGUUGAGCUCACUGUUAGCCACGGACUUGUGGCUUUCCAAACGUCUGGGAGUGUGUGCUUGUGAAGAUUCCUCCUGGGGAAGUAUACGGCCGCUGAUGAAGCUGAUCGAGAUUUCUGGACACGGGAUACCAUGGCUUGUUGGUGCUGCUUACUGCCUCUACAAGAGCGAUAGCGCAGCCGGGCAAGAGGUCAUGCUCAACCUACUCAUGGCUCUGGUGUUGGACCUGAUCCUGGUUGGCAUAGUGAAAGCAGUUGUGCGUCGUCGCCGCCCGUCCCACAACCGAAUGGACAUGUUCGCCACCUUCUCCGUGGACCGCUACUCCUUCCCAUCGGGCCACGCCACACGCGCAGCCAUGUGCGGGCGAUUCCUGCUGGCCCACCUGGUCCUGGCAGCGCCGCUCCGUGUGCUGGUCAUACUCUGGGCCACCCUGGUGGGCUUCUCCCGGGUUCUCCUGGGCCGCCACAACGUGACCGACGUGGCCUUUGGCUUCGGCAUGGGCUACUGCCAGUACAACCUGGUGGAGGCAUUGUGGAUGUCCUCCGCCACACUGAACGGCCUGAUGGGACAGUUCGCGUAAGAGGAGUGGAGGGCCUCCAAGGGGGUGCAAGGUGGUGGAUGGAUGGAUUGCGGGGGGGGGGGGGGGCAAAAGAGGUCUGAAAGUGGACAAGUGUAAGAGCGGUGUUAAGGACUGUAGAGUGUUGGUUAUUUGUGAAGGGAGAUUUUAUAACUUCACCUUCCAGUAUCUUCCGAGGCUCGUCCAUGUGUGUCACCAUUUCCUCAUUGCCUGCAAACAAAAAAAAUAAAACAUUUAAUCAUCACCAUCAAGCCACCACUGCAGUACAGUUUAACUUCUGAUUACGAAACUCUUUACAGUCCCAUAUGCACCAGACCUGGCUGAGUGUCAUUAUACACUACUUCUGUGUGUAUUUGAAGAACAAUGGGGAGGAAUUUCACAGGAUAGCUUCAGUUACCCGCAGGGUGUUCUCUGCCCCAAAUACUGCAAUACUGGUGCGGCACGCGUGCGUGCGUGCGUCUGUGUGUGUGGGAGGAGGUCUGUUUUGGUGUUUCAUGCUGGAAGUGGAUGCAUGGAAGUGCAUUGCUAGCUUUCAGUUUGAAGUGAUAAUGUGGGCUGCAUAGUGUUUUCUGUCCAUGCAAAAGUGCUGAAUGUGAUGGAGGUGUUCAGUUUAUUGUGGAUUGAUUGUAUAGUGUAUUUCAAAUUUGUGUACUUUUGCUGACGUCCUUUCUCCUCUAUGCUGAUUUCAUCAUGCAAAAUUACAAGUAGGAAUAUGUAUUUGCUGAUAUAUGAUUUUUCGCUGAAAGAAAUGAAGAGGCGUUAUGCUAGUAUGUUGGGAUUGUGUUUGUGUUCAUAAUGCUGCUUCCAUCCCAUCUCUGUUAUGACACCUUUAUCUGUAGUCAUGCACAAAGCAUCAGUAGGCAUGGCAGAGUCUACUAGAGUCCUGGUUAUAUAACACUGCUGACUGAAGACUUUGAAGGUCUUUCAAGUUAUGGGUAGAGUAAGGUAAACCUUUAUCUCAGGGCAUGAUUUCCCAGUAUCCCCAGGCAAAAAACCUUACCUUUGAGCUUUCCAAACGAGCCUCUGAAAGCAAACUUCAGAUGAUUAUGCCAGAAGUGAUGUCUAAGAUGACGCCUCUAAGGCACUGAGGGUUAACUAUUUAUUUUUAUCAUGGUGCUCAGCAACAGAUCCAAGGCUGAGCACGUAGGCCACCAUCUAGGCACAGCUGGCAGUUUGAUUUCGAUCGGAACAGUGAGCUUGGUUAUGUAAUGUUUUGCUAGACUGAACCGGCGUUUGACGCCAGUAGCUCCUGUGACGUAAUUCACACGGAGUGCUUCUUGGCAGGGGUGCGAAAUGUUCACUAGACUAGUGCACCCAUCACUGAGGUGACUGACCAGAUGAACUGGUUCUGUCCACAUUGUACUCGUGUCUGACCGUCCUCUCUGUAGGCCACUGGGUCCAGUUUAAUCAUUUUGUGUGAUGGGCUUCAUUCUAAAUGCCCUUAUUUGGCCUAGGCCUAAAAAAGGAACCUUUUAAAAUGAUGUGUAACAUAAAUUGUGUCCCCCACAAAUGUCUACAUACAAGUCAUUUUGACUGUUUAGCUCCACCAUUGACAUUCUGUAUACCCCAUUUUUUUUACUUUUAAUUUGGCCUUUUUCUUGUGUUUCCUCUUCGUGGGCAUCUCCAGAAGCCUUAGGUGGAAAUCAGUGCAGUGCAUUUAUCCUUGUGCAAUUUCAUUCAUUUUACCUGAACAGGUAAUUCCGCAGGGUUUCAUCAAGGUGACGUCACCAGCUUGCAAAAGUCAUUGUAAGAGCUUCUCUUUGCAGAGCUGAAGGAUUCAUAAGAAAGAAGGGAACCUCAGAGAUGGUUUAAAUCCACAGCUGACUCCCUCUAUUCCCUACUGCGCAGAAGGACUGCAGCUGGGUGGAUAUAACGGAAAAAUACUUUCUCAGCCUGCACACCACUGUGGCUAGAUGGAUUCUAUCCGGCUCACUCUUUGACAUUCGCUAAGCCUGCGUCCCGUGUGAGUGCGAGGCGAGAGAGGAUAGAUGGUGGUAUGACCAAAGGCCACCAACUGUUAACACCCCUUCAGUGAUUAGUGAAACUGCAAGUUCUAUCUAUUCUAUUGUGACUGCCCUAGUCUCUGUGUCCCUCAGGAGCGGAUUGACAGAAAAAGAGAGAGCUCCAGUUCCAUCACAGCUCGUGCUCUUUUUUUCCCCUCAGCACUCAGCCUGAGAUUGAAUUUAACUCUGUUAAAAUUCCUCUCCUCACUCUCCCUUCUCCUGCAGCCUCCACCCCACACCCCACCACCACCACCACCACCACUUUCCACCCCCUGCCUUUUUGGGUCUUAUGUAACCUCCGCAAACUCUCCAAAGUUCUCCUUAACCCCUCACAUGCCUGGUUUGCGUUCUGACAGUCUCAGCAGGGUCUGUAUGUAUUAUGUAUGUGGAUUGAUGUUAAUGUUUGCCGAUUCUUUUUUUACAUUCCAAAUGUUGCAGCAGUGCCUGUAACUAGUCUUAAUGCAUGUUGUAAUCAGUAUGGGCUAGGUGGCUCUGUACUUUGAGGAUGGUCAAUGUUGUAAGCUGCACUUUCUAUUUUCUUUGAAUGUACCGAUCUGUGUCAUACGCAGGACAGUCUGUGACCACUCAGAUUUUAAUCGAUGUAGACUUAGUGUGGAUGUUAAUUUAAAGACGUAUAUGGAAUAAUUUAUUUUCUUUCGCAUAAUUACAUUCAAAUGCAAUAUGCAGGGGUUUCCAGGGCAUCCUUACGUGACUUGCUAGUCUGAGAAAUCCGUCCGGCCAUCUGUUCAGCGACACGGUCAACACAGUCCUCCGAGGUGAGAUUCUCAGACAGAGCAGUCACUGCUGUUUUUUUCCCAUUGCAAUAAUUUAAAAGCUCUUCCUUUAUGCUAUUUUUUGCUCAAAGGACCAACUGCAAUAUCAUUGUUUAAAAAAAAGGACUGUGGCAAAGGCCUGGCAGCACAGACUUUUUUGUAUGCCUUCAUCACAUAAGGCUUCAUCACCAGCUAUACAAAGUGAAUAUGAACUCUAUAAUAAUCUGUGUUGUACAUCGUAUAAUCCUUAAUCUGCUGUCAAGUCUAAUGUAUGUUUCAAUGUAAAAAAUGUUAAGUAUAUAUGGGGUAGUGUGGUAGCAAGCAAGACUGUUUGUACUAUAUUUGUGGGAUAUAGUCUAAAAAUGGACCAUAAUGUGAUUGUAUUUUUAAAAUAAAUUUGCAAGACGAGAGCUUUAA